AUGAGCGCUAAAUCCCCUAGCACGGGAAGAGAUGGAGGCUUCCCCCCUGCGACACCAGUCGAGGAGAAACUUGCAGAUGCUGUCCCAGUCGACACGUACAGCCCUGGAUAUCUCGGGCCUGGCUCUUACGCACUGCUCCUGCCCCAGGAUGACGCAUCUGAACUGCCUCAAGAACGUGAGGCUUCCACGACAGUGGACACCCCAGAGCACGAAUUGACCCAUCAAUACACCCUGAAAAAGGCUAUGAGGCGUGAAGUGGUUACUAGCAUUUUGAGUACUUUCCGUCAUUACGCAUUGAUCCAGGAGUUGAUCCUGUGGUACAACGCAAGCAACGAAGCUGGUGUGAUUCCUGCACAACUCCAAAUUGAUGCCAUCAACGCAAUGGGGCCCUUUGUGGAAAAGCACAAUCUCCAUAAGUCGCCGCCAACUACCCAGCUUGUCGAUCAGAUUCUGGAGAACUCGAGCAAGCCGCUGUGUGUGAGCCACAUCCCGAAUCCGCGCGAUCUCUGCAAAGCCUGUUCUGGAGACAAUGUACGCCUGGAGAUGAUUGGAUUUCUUCUUGCCACGGCGGGGAGAUCGCUGACAUUCGGAUUCUCGCCAGAUACCUUCAGUGGCCCUGGCAAUCGGGGACUGAGGGCCAGAUUUGUGGAUGAGUUGCUCAGUGCAAGUACGCAGUGCAUCACUAUCACCUCGUUGAUUGCCACAGUCAACGACAUCACGGUGUGGAUGUACUACGAAAACUACCUCUUCACCACCAUGGUGUGUGGAUACUCCGGGCCGCCUUCCUGGAGACGCAUCAACGACCUAGCAACGCAGAUCUACGCGUUGGGGAUACACAAAGAGUCAGCAUGCACCGAUAUCCCCAUCUGGCUCACCGAGACCCGCCGGCGGAUCUUCUGCUCCUCCUACAACCAAGACAAGUCCAUCUCCACCUUCCUCGGCCGCCCCAUACGCAUCAGCAAGCGGCACACCGACAUCAAGAUGCCCCUCGAUCUCCGCGACGACGAAAUCACAGGCGACCCCGCCGACCUAGAAGCUGCUAUCGCCCGCCUCGACGCCGACGGCUGGAACACGCGCGGCCAGCACCUCCGCGCCUCCUGGAUCCGCCUGCGGCACAUCGCCUCGCGCCAGCGCGAAGACAUCCUCGACUUCUCCCUCACCACCAUCGACUCGCGCGUGGAACACGACCUCCUCGACAUCUCCGCCCGCAUCCGCACCACCUGGGAAAGCCUGCCCUCGCACAUGCGCUACUGGAAGACGUGCUGGGACGAGUCGUACCCGUCGAGCGUAUGUCUGAUGCUCGUCGUCAUCCACCUCACGCACUGGUACUCGGAAUUCAUGGUCCAGAAACUGCUCGACCGCACCCCGCUGCCCGCCAACGCCGCCAUGCUGCACGUCAGCAUCGACCUGCUCUCGCACACCCUCGCGCUCGGCGCCAUCCGCGACCGCACCUACGACACCCACCGCGACUCGCUGAACUGCAUCCUGCUGUACGGACUACCCAGCGCGUCGGUGCUCGCCACGGCGCUGCGCGUGCAACAUCGCACUGCUGUGCCGCUGCCGUCUGGUGUUAGUAAGGCGGAGAUCGUGCGCAUGCUCGCGGUGUUGAUUAGCCAUCUGGAUGCCUCGGCGCAUUUGGAGAACAGCGGGGCGCGCGCCGGCGAGGCGAAUUACAAUCUGUGCCGCAAGGCGAGUCGGAUUUUCACGCGGGUGAUUGACGAGGUUCUGGAUACGGGCGUGGGUGAGGUUACACCAGCGAGUAAUGAAAGCAUGGAUUUGGGGAUUGAGGGCGAGAUGGGGUUGGAUUUGUUUGGGGUGCCGGGGUUGGAUGGUUAUGAAGGGUUGGGGUUUGCGGGGAUGGUGGGUGGAACGGGGGUGAUGGAGGGGAGUGGGCUGACUGUGGAUUGGGGGGCUUUGGGGCAGUGGACCAUGUAG